AUGUCAUUUGCCAUAUUUCGCCGGCUUGCCAUUACAUGUCGUUCAACAUCAUCGAUUUAUAAUCGACGUUCUUUUGCUACUUCAUCACCACUUCUUGAUGAAACAAGUAGUACAAUUGGCUCAGUCGAUUCUCCGCGAACAGUAACUCUUAUUCCAGGUGACGGCAUUGGUCCUGAAAUUUCAAAUAGUGUUCAAAAAAUCUUUGAUGCUGCAGAUGUACCAAUCAAUUGGGAAUCGGUUGAUGUAACACCUGUCAAAUCACCUGAUGGAAAAUUUCGUAUUCCUCCUCGAGCUAUCGACUCCGUGACAAAGAAUCGCAUUGGUCUCAAAGGACCAUUAGCAACACCGGUUGGUAAAGGGCAUCAAUCUCUUAAUCUUGCUUUACGCAAACAAUUCAAUCUAUUUGCUAAUGUAAGACCAUGUAAAACUAUUGAAGGUUAUCAAACACCAUAUACAAACGUUGAUCUUGUUACAAUACGUGAAAACACGGAAGGUGAAUAUUCGGGUAUCGAACAUACAAUUGUACCAGGUGUUGUACAAAGUAUAAAACUUAUUACUGAACAUGCAUCAUUACGUGUCUGUGAAUAUGCAUUUCUCUAUGCUAAACAACAUAAACGAGAAAAAGUCACAGCCGUUCAUAAAGCGAAUAUCAUGCGUCUUUCUGAUGGUUUAUUUUUAAAAUGUGCACGUGAAGUCGCUGAGAAAUAUCCAGAAAUAAAAUUUGAAGAAAUGUAUCUUGAUACUGUUUGUCUCAAGAUGGUUCAAGACCCAACGCAAUUCGAUUGUCUCGUUAUGCCAAAUUUAUAUGGUGAUAUUCUUAGUGAUCUGUGUGCUGGUCUUAUUGGCGGUUUAGGUUUAACACCAAGUGGUAAUAUUGGUGAAAAUGGCGCAGCUAUUUUUGAAGCUGUUCACGGCACUGCACCCGACAUUGCUGGACAAGAUAAAGCUAAUCCGACAGCAUUACUUCUUAGUGCAGUUAUGAUGUUAAAACAUUUACAAAUGUAUGAUAAAGCCGAACGCAUCGAAAAAGCUUGUUUUGAAACGAUAAAAAAUGGAAAGGUACUGACUGGUGAUUUAGGUGGCAAAUCCAAAUGUUCGGAGUAUACAUCGGAAAUCUGCAAACGCAUUAAAGAUUCAUCUUGA